UUAAAGUUAGAAAAUUCACAUGUUUGAGCUAAAUGGUCUUGGUGCGUAUGAACCAGUGACACCCCUUCAAUCUCCACGGUCUACUGUUUUCUAUCAUUGGCCUCUCUCAACUCAUCGUCUGUUCUUCACCGAACGUUUUUCAGAAAACAAUGUCAGCAAUUCUAUCUCCAAUGCGAUUAUGUCGAAAUCCCAUUAGAACCCGGUUAUUCUCCAGUCAUUUUGGGGCCAAAUUGAACCGGGUUGUACCGAGUUUGACUCGGUUAGUGAGUGGUCAAGGUCCGAGUCUAACUCGGAUAGCUUCACAAUCAACUUCAUCAUCAAACCCUUCAGUUAGUUCAGAAAAGGAGGCUGCUUUGGCUGCUGCUUCCACUCCCACUGAUUCUCCUACUAUAUUUGACAAGAUUAUUAACAAGGAAAUUCCAGCAAAUGUGGUUUAUGAGGAUGAGAAGGUUCUUGCUUUUCGGGAUAUCAAUCCACAAGCUCCUGUACACAUUUUGAUCAUUCCCAAAGUUAAGGAUGGUUUAAUCAGACUCGCUAAGGCAGAAGAGAGGCACUUUGAUAUUCUUGGCCGCCUACUUUACACUGCAAAGGUUAUUGCUAAACAGGAAGGCCUUGAAGAGGGCUUCAGGAUUGUCAUUAAUGAUGGACCAAAAGGAUGUCAAUCUGUUUAUCACAUUCAUGUGCACCUUCUCGGGGGACGCCAAAUGGAGUGGCCUGCUGGCUGAGUGAAAUUAUGUUGGUUAUUAGGGCCUUUGCUUGUAUUUUUCUUGAUAAAAAUUGGUGAAAUGUUGUAUUUUCCCAGUUACGGCAGUACAAAGUUUAUUGUAAACUAGAACCUAGAAUAACAGCAUUAUUGUUAAUUGUACUUGACUAUAUACAAUACUGUUAAAUGUACUUGACAAUGAAAUAGAAAGUUAUGGCAUAUUGGCAUAU